AUGGUCCAGAUAUUGGUCUAUUAUUAUAAAAAGAAAUAUAAAAAUAAAUUUUUAAACUCUCCCUUCAAUUUAUCUAUCUAUCUAUCUAUCUAUCUAUCUAUCUAUCUAUCUAUCUAUUACUUUCUUUUCAGUAUCUAUCUAUCUAUCUAUCUAUCUAUCUAUCUAUCUAUCUAUCUAUCUAUUAUCUUUCUUUAUCAUCUAUCUAUCUAUCUCUAUUUCUAUCUAUCUAUCUAUCUAUCUAUCUAUCUAUCUAUCUAUCUAUCUAUCUAUCUAUUUUUUUUUCAUCUAUCUAUCUAUCUAUCUAUCUAUCUAUCUAUCUAUCUAUCUAUCUAUUGCUUUUUUUACUCUUUCCCUGUUUCUUCGCAAACCUCGACCAUAUCUCUCACACUAUUCCUCACUACUUUCUAUGUCAACUUAUAUAAGGUUAAUACUACCCAUUUUCAUUCGAUGAUAUUCAUUCCCCCCUUUAUAUUAAACAUAUAUAACAUGAUAUCUAUCUAUCUAUCUAUCUAUCUAUCUAUCUAUCUAUCUAUCUAUCUAUCUAUCUAUCUCUCGCAACCUGUUAUCUAUCUAUCAAUCUAUCUAUCUUAA